GAACAGCGUGAUUGAUGGAGAAGAUUUUCCGCAGUCUCUAUUUCUUUUUCUUUCGCUGAGUCGGCGGUUCAAGCAGCUUAAGUGAAUCAACAGUGACGGCCAGGAAAAUUCAACAUUUGUGUGGCGCAGAACAAAUUGUAGCAUGCAGUAACACUCGAUAGUAGGCAUUUUGAUUCAUCUUGCUGAUUAACGACGCUACUCAUUUUCUGUGGAGCUACACUUCCUAGUACGACGGUGCGACGUUGCUGUAAAUAUUUCCCCUCUCAGAGCGAAUAUCGACUUGGAGAUUUCCCAAAAGAUGAAUUUUCUGUAUAACAGAAACAUACGGUGUUGGAAUUUUUACGAUAGCUACAGUCUUCAUGUGGCGUUUAACUCAUUUGAAAGCAGUUUCUGGAAGUUUAUGUGAACAGAGCCGAAUCUGAUUUCGAUGGAAAGGAAAUUGAUUAUUGUUGUAUUGCCUAUAGUAGUAGUAUUUACUUCAGUCAUUGUUGCCUACAAAUAUCACUAUGAGGAUUACGAUACACUCAUGGGAAUAUGUCUUGAACAUGAGGCUUGCAAUAUAGUUCAUAAUCGUUACUGGAUGCCAAGUGCGGUGGAGAAGAUUUGUCGUUGUCCGUUAAACAUGCCAAGUUGUCCUGUCACCCACACAGAGCAUGGUCACAUAAUGAACGUGAACAGCCGUACGCAGAUGAAAUUUUGUUCAUCGCCGAAUAAACUGGCUAACUGCAAUGCGAAUGAAAUUGCUUUGCAGAAGAAAACUCUCUAUCAGAAGUAUGGUGUGAAGAAUAUUUCAAUUGUGGUGCAUUGCCAAUGCGAUAAUAAGCAGCAGUAUUGGGUAUUUGUCAAUCAAACAGGUGAAAAUUUUAACGACGCUAGACAUCAGCUAACGGUUGUGGAUAAUUAUAGAUGUGUCGGUCUGGAACAAUGUCAACCGUUGGAUUUCUGUGGCUACGCACGUCGCGAUUUGGGAUUCAUUUAUCAUCGUUGCACUUGCCCGGUAUCACAUCAAUGCAAGUUUGAUUUGGAGGAACACCAGAAUGAAGUGAGUGAGUUAUUCUACAAGGGACCGGCUUACUUAGCUCAUUGUGUACCUAUAUACGAUUACGACUGGUGGUAAUCGAGUUGGAUUAAUUCAUAAUAUCCGGAUAUAUCUCCAUCAUCGAACUGUAACAGUUAAUCGUUUUAUCCCUCUACUGUCUAUAUUUUGUUUAAUUUUAAAACAAUUUCAG